GAAAGGUAGUGAAGGGAGUGCGAAUCAAUGUGUGCUGGCAAUCUGAUUCUAGAGGUGUAACUUGUGUGGGAGAACAGUGAAAUGUGUUUCUUUUUCCAGGAGUCUGGAGUAUUCGUUUAGCUUCCCAGCGCAGGACGCCCAUGACUCUACUCGGCACGUUAAUGAGCAUCAGCCUGACUCCAAGCUCAACUCUGCAGACCUGCGUUAUCACGGCCCAAGUUCACUCGCAACCCAUCAACCUUCCUGCAGAUUCCAGGCGAGUCUGCACAUAACCAUUGAGCACCAGUACGUGCCUGACUUCACUCCAUUGUUCCUCAUCACCUCUGCAGAUGCAGCAAUGGAAACUUGCUGUAAAGAGAACAGCGGACUGAAAGGAGACUGACUGAAUCCUGUGUAAUAAUGGAGGAUGAUGGUGUUGAUGCACAUUCUACGAGGUCACCCGUCCCGGAGAACACCAUGGUGCAAAGCAGACAGGGUUACUGUGCCUGCUGCCAGGUGCUCUAUACUAAUCUGGAACAGCACCUCCAGACCAACAGGCACAAGCAGUUUUCCAGCGAGUCCAGACGUCCGGUCAUGGCUAAAAGCCUAUUGGAGCGCUUCCUGCAGGAUGUCAUACAGUACCAUCCCUCCAGAUAUAAUGACACUAGGUCGACCUAUGUAGACCUGCCAUUGGUUUGUGCCCCGCUCGUUCCCAAAAACGACCUCGCAGAUGUGCACUUGUAUCAAGAGGACCAGGAGAUUGUGGGGACCAGGGAGGAAUUGCCCAGCACAGAUGUGUCAAUCCCAUUGACACCCACCCAGGUCAGGAACACCCCUGCAAGUUGUACCCAGGUCAAAGAGUGCACCAUAACUUCACCAGACAUCAGAGAAACUGUGGCAGAACAAACCACUUUUCUAAACCCUACCUACGCAAGUGGUAACUUUGGGCCUUGCAAAUCAGUGGCCAGGAAGGAAAACCCUACGACUUUCACAGUGUGUAAAAGGCCACCAUUGAGAGGACAAAAGGAGGGUGAGAUACCCAUUGUCCUGAGCCUUCCCUCCCACUGUAAACCAAACUGCACCCCAAGGAGUUCCACAUCUGCUCAAGCCAGCUUUCCUCAGGUCACCUCAGAUCAUUCUUUUAGGGUUUCCAAGUACCACAAGGUUAAUACUCAGGGAAGGAUAGUGGCAUCUCUUUCUCAACUCAGGGAGUCCCUAGCGACCAGCAGCCGGCUCUGCACUUUGGGCCUGGGCCAGGCCAAUGGAAGCGGGCUGCACAGCAGGAGCACUGGCUGCCCAGUAGAAUCGGACAAGUUAAGGACACUGGAAAGGGGGGAGGACAUGAUCCUGGAGACCAUCGAGCGGGUCAUCCGCAACUACUGCGACCAACCCCAGCCGCAGGUGGGCGAGGGCGAUCGGUCGGUGGGUGCGAUGAAAGAAAGGGCCACGUCGUCCCAACUCGAGGGACAAAGGCAAACGGCGGCAAGAGGCUUGGAGAGUAGCCCACCAGACAGCAACAAGCUUCCUGAAGUUGAUUGCAUUUAUAAGCUGAGUGACAAACUUCGUACAUUCGAGGGGAGCCCCGUAAAGGUUUCCAAAAGACCUAGCAUAAAGAAGAAGCUCUCGCCAAGCUUCCUGCAGGAAAAUAAUCCUGCAGGGCCGCAUGAGGACACCGGGCAAGACGUGGAGAGCUUUGGCUCCAUCGGCAGUCAGUUGGGGCGGCUGAAGUCCAGCAGCAGCUCGGAUUGGGACGCUCCACUGAAGUUGGAGAAAGUGCGCUCCAAAAUAGCAGCCAAGGAUUUGGAAGCGCUGACAGACACUCGCGUCACCUUAGAAGACGACAGUUACAAAACACGGCUCAGCUCGGUGCUGCAUUUCCCCCCGGCCGUCAAUGGGCACACAGAGGAGGCCAAUGUGGCUGAUUCGGAGACCUUGGCGAAACGGGAGGCAAGCGAGGAAACGGGCAAGCUGCCCUACAUCCCUAAGUCCUUUGCCGGCAAGACGUGGUCGGAGAUCAUGGCGGAAGACGACCUGAAGGUGGAUGCUCUGGUAAAGGAGUUCCGGGAGGGGCGCUACCUGUGCUACUUUGACAGCGAGUCUUUGACCAACCACGGGAAGAAGCAAAGGAAGAAGAGACGAUCCGACACCAAGGACGCUUCCAAGACGACCUCCAAGCUCACGGCCGCGAGCAGCCAGGACGUACCUAUGCUCGCUGGCCUGCCGCCCCUGCCCGAUGCCAGCGAGGACACGGACGACGGGUGCUGCCUGCCCGCCGUCGGUCCCCAGCACCGACCGGCCACCCCAGGCCAGAGUCCCGAGCUGCGCUCCUUCCGCCUGGCCUCCAGGUGCCAGGUGGUCAAAGUCAGUCACGGUACUCAGACCAGCGAGCUCCGGUACCCGGCGCUCAAGAGGAAGUCCAGACGGGACGAGGCGGCGGCGGCGGCGGAGGAGGGGACGGCGGUGGCACAGUCCGCUCCGCGAGAAGGUGAGGAGAUGUCCGAGGUGAAGACCAGGCUGUGCUCCUUGCGUUUGCCAGACUCCUACAGCAAGAUCCUGAGCCCUGUGCAGCCCAGGACCAUCAUCUACGUGCUCUCCUCCCCUGACCUGUCCCCGGGGGCGGGGGAGCUGUCUGCCGACCCCCACCCCCACCCCCCGCCGCCCGGGGUCGGGAGCGGCCGGAAGACCCCCAAAGCGUUGGAGGACACCAGGUACACGUACAAGAAGUCGCCGGUCAAGUACUACGACCCGACGACCAACCGGAUCGUGAAGUCGCCGCCGCGGGGCCUUCUCUUGGCCAAAAUCUGCCGCUCGCCUCACCACGUGCGCAAACUCUUCCGCAGCCUCAGCCCCGACAUCAACGUGGAGAGGCCGCCGGGCGGCUCCCGGCCCGGGUCUCGGGAGAGAGGCGGCGGCGGAGGCGGCGGACAGUCUACCUGCAGCACCGUCCCCACCUCCACCUCCUCGGUAGCGGCCGUGUGGCCCGACAUCGUGAGGAUGAAGGAGCGAGUGCGCCGUGAAGCGGCGGCGGCGGCAGAGACGGGGAGCGGCGGCGAGGCCCCGGCGGGCCUGAGCCCGUCAGGCGAGGCCGAGGUGGAGGCCAAACCCAGGAGCCUGGUCUUGUCGCCCAUCAGGAAGCGGGUGUCCGGGGCCCCGUCCGGCUCCGACCCCGUCCUCGGCCCCAGGAGCCGGGCGGCCACCGAGAAGGAGAACCCGCGGGCGCCCCGGGCCCGGCGGCGGCAGGGAGCCGGGGGUCUGCACAACCCGCGGGGGGCCUCGUCCCGCGGCGGCGGCGGCGGCUCCUCCUCGGGCGCCUCCUCCUCGCCGCCGGGGAUGGUGGUGUGCGGUGGCGGAGGCGGGGACCAGGCCUCGCCCACCCCGGGCUCCAGCCCGGCCGAGGAGGAGGAGGAGGAGGAGAGGUCCUCGCGGGGGAAGGUGCUCCGGGCGGCCGUCAUCUCGGCUGACAGAGCGAGUGAGACUGAGGGUGAGGGCGGCGGCGGCGGUCCGGCAGCGAGAGCGGCCUCGGGCAGGAAGGAGAACGCCGCCCAACAACAGCAUCAGCGGCGGCGGAGAGGAAAACGCAACAGCGCGCGGAAGAGGAACAGCAGUUUUAAAAGAAACCAAAAACAAAAGUGA